UGAGACCUGAGAACAACACCCUUAAUCAGUCAGCCGGAGGUUGGCUUUCCUAUUGGCCAGCUGGGCUGUCAGUCAACGCCUGCUCGGCUGGUUCGUUAAAGUGACGGAUUUACGCAUAGCGACUAGUCUUGGUUCAUGCUUACAGACGCACCGGAUUUUUGUCGCAGCGUUGUCCAGCCGAGACGCAGAGAAAUCAUCAGUUGGAAUAUUAUUUCACUUACCAGGGGAGUUUACUUCUAUCUCUGUCAACCCUGUCAGGUAAAUAAACGCCUAUAGAUGGAGUUUUUGUCGAUGUCGUGACUGUUUUGCGCCGCUUCUCACUCUGCGGAAGAUUCUGCUGCAGCAUCCAAACCAAGGCAGCUCUGUCCUGCGCAAACAUGGGCACCGUCCUCUCCAUAUCUCCUGCCUCAAAGAAGGUAUCUAUAAUGGACGCUGAGGCUGCAGGAGAUGGAUUAAAAAACGACAAGAGCCUCAAGCGCCACUCAAUGUUCGUGUCUCUCUCCUGGAAGAAACUGGUGGCCAAUUCGGCCAAGAAGAGCGCAAAGAAAGUGACCCCGACCCCGCUGCCGGCUAGCCAGGUAGCCCACCUCAACAGCGAGAACAUCAGGAAGACGCACCAAACAGAGGAGAACAAACCAAAGGCGCCCAUCCCAGUCCCGGUACCCACGGUACCCACGCAGAACAGCGACAGUGUGGUCCAAAACGGGAGGCUGGCCACGGUUCAGAAGCAACCCAGCAACUUCUCGCUGGUGUCACCCAGGAGGAUUGUUAUCCAGGCGUCAACCGGGGAGCUGCUUCGCUGUUUGGGGGAUUUCUUGUGCCGCAGGUGUUACAAACUGAAAGAGUUAAACAGCGGGGAUGUGGUCCUCUGGUUCCGAAACAUUGACCGGACUCUUCUGGUCCAGGGCUGGCAGGACAUCGGCUUCAUCACGCCGGCCAACGUGGUGUUUGUGUAUCUGCUGUGCCAGGACGCAAUCACGGAGAGCGUGAACAGCGCGGUCGAGCUGCAGGGCACCUUCCAGACCUGCCUCUACCUCGCAUACUCCUACAUGGGCAACGAGAUCUCCUACCCGCUCAAGCCCUUCAUCACCGAAUCCAACAAGGACGUCUUUUGGGAGACGUCACUCCUGAUCAUCAACCGGCUGAGCACCAAGAUGCUCCAGCUGAACGCGGACCCGCACUUUUUCACAGAGGUCUUCCAGGACCUGAAAAACCAGCGCGAUUCCAGCGAGUCCAGCUUAGACCGUUGAUCUGGGGCUGUAGAAGGGCAAAAGUGCCAGAAUUGAAUAAAUAAAUAAUCAUAUACACACACAAACACCCACACAAACAGACAGAUAUAGAUAUAGAUACCCUAUAUAAUAUACAUAUUUAUGAAGCGCAGAGCUACAAGCUCUGCAAAUGAAGGUGAAAAGUUAAUAUUUCUGACCAGGGCUGGAUUUAAGACGGUGGGCCACUGGGCUAGAGCCAGUUUUGGUGCCUUACCCACAUAAAUUGCAAAUUUAAGCAGAAAAAUAGUCACAUAAACUUCAGCUACAAGAUUUUUAGGGCUUAACUGUAUAAAAAAUGUUCUUAUUUUCCAAAAUGAUCUUUGUGUUUGUCUUUACAAAAUGGUUUCUCAUUAAUAACUUAUAGUUAUUCAUAAUUCUUUCUAGAAUUGUCUUGAUCCAUACCAAAAUAUUACCUAAAAUGGUGUAGUAACUAUUCAAGGAAUGUAUGAGGUGAUGUAAUUUAGUAAUAAAAUACACCAGAAAGGAGGGGGUGGAGCACGCACUAAAAUUUGUUUUGUUUUGUGUUAUCUUCACAAAAAUUCAACAAAUUCAAACACUUUGUCAUUUGGCCUUCUUAGUGUUAUUUGGAAAUUAUAAUAUCCAUUGCUAAAAGAUCCUUCCUAAACUCCAGCUUAGGGUUUAUCUUAAAUCUUCAAGAGUGAAUAGAAAUAUUGUUAGAAAAAUAAACUUUUCAUCUUUCAUUGUAAUACAGCUCUGUUUUUCUCUUGGCAGCUCUGUGCUUCUAUACGUAUGUGAUUUUUUUUAAAUAACAUUGAAACAACCUACAUUAAAUACAUGUAUCUCUAUUUGCUUAAAUAUUACAGCAAUUUAUAAUAUAUAUAAUCAAAUAAUAAAAUCUGGAAACAUUAUUAAUAGAAAUUUUGAUUAAAAGUACAUAUAAUUAUUCAGGUAUUCAUGGAUUUUCUAGUCCUGUGUUGCUGUUCAUACUGUUUAAAUUAUUUCAUGAUAGACUGCAGCACAUGAAAUACUAAGUAACUAAAUACACACUGAAAUACCUAUUUAUGAAUUUACCGUGCAACAAAUUCAAGUUUUCAUUUAUUAUUAUCAUAUUUAACGAUUUGUGUAUUUACUGAAUUGCUGGCAUAUUCUUUAAAUAUCUCUUUAUAUUGUUUAUUUAAUGUAUUUUUUUAUUUUUAUUCAACUAUCUGCGUACACAAAUAUUUAUUUGACAUAUUAUUUGUUUGAUUUUGGCACUUUUGACUCUUGAUGAGGAACUGAGCAGCACACCGGCGUGUUUUGAAAGACGAAUGUAAAAAAGGUGAUUGCAAAAUGUUAAGUGCAGUGCUGAUGGCUUCUCAUGUCUGGGCUCAUGAUGUUGCACAACUUCAACAUGAUCUUUAGGUUCCACUGUAAGAAGUUUUAAACAUGCAUGCUGAUUGUAUUUUGUCCUAAUAUGUUGUCUUAUCCCAGAACUUGACUUGGUUAUAACACCUUCCAUUCUAAGAGACUCUCAGAUCCCCAUUUCGUACAAGAUUAGCCAGGUGAAUGGAUGUUGUGUGGUGAGGUUCCAAGCCUGUGCCAGAAUAGAUGUUUGAGUCAAGUCAGGGCGCUGAGCUGUCCAAGGUGCUGAACUGUUCAGCCAUUUCUGUUUGUCUCCUUUUUUCCUAACUGAGCCAAGCAUGGCUUACGAGUGCCACAAUCAGCCCAGUACACUUUCAGCACAUAAGCCUAAGCCUUGUAAGUAAGUAAGUAAGUAGAGGUAGUCUAUUGUGCUUUUUUAGCAUCCCAGUCAGCUGAUAGAUAAGCUGAUGAACAUGGAACAGAUACAGAAUGUAUCUGAAAGGGCAAAUCACACAGAACAGUGAUUGUAAAUAUUCCUCUUUGAUUAGCAUCAGCAGUUUCAUCUAGGCAUGGGCCGGUAUCAGGUUUUCAUGGUUUAAUGACCUUAAGUAAAAUUACCACCGUUUAAUGGUAUUUACACAAACAAUUUAAACAUAAAUGAUAUAAUCUAAUUGCUUGUAUUUAAAACAGAAAAACGAUAAUUCUUCCCACUACUGCUAAAAUAUUAUAACAUAUAAUUUACAAAAAGAAUUAUGUUAUCUACAACAUUUAUUUACUGUUAUAUUGAUUUUGACAAAAAAAAGCAAAAAAGACCUGGUAAGUUUAGUUUUGUAGCACGUAUUGAAAAGAAUGUUUUUGCUGUACUCCUCUUUAUAGAGCAACUAAAUAUGCCAAUAUUUGUUGGUUAAUUAGUCAGGUACCUCCUCUGAUAACUAGCCUGCAGUCAGCUGCUUAACAGACAAACUGCUGUAGCUUGCCAGUUGUAUUUUUAAAUUAGUUAAUUUAACGCUAUAUUGAGUUUAUUGCGAGGGGAAAGUGUAGUAGCUUGUUUUUUAGCCAGCUAACCAGCAGUGAGCAGCAACAUUUGGGUAGUUUUUCAAACCUCUAUAAACCACUAACCAGCCCAUGCCUGAGGUUAUCAUACGCUUUCCAUCUACAAACUCUGUCUUGAUGUUAAAAUCCCAAAUCUGCUGGAAAAAAAGUUGUUUGCUGUUUUAAUAUAUGUUGGUUUAAGGUUGUUUCAGAUUUUCUUGUGUGAUAAAAACAGAUAUGUCAUAACAAGAUCUCAUUUUGCAUUUUGGACUUCACUCUCUUAUAUUGUAAUUGUACAACAAAAAGGUUGUUGGCUUAAGCUGAACAAUAGAUGUACUACUUUUGGUUUAACUGAAGACUGAAUGGAAUGUAGCUUUUCUAAAUAUUUUUUUUUCGUUUUUAAAUCUUCUCUGUGCCAAGUGGAAAAUGGCCUGAAACCUUCUGAUUUACAUGUAUAUAUCCCAUCUUUUCAACAUGUUUUUAAUGCCAGCUUUGAUGAUGGUUGAGGGUAAUUUGAGCAUCACAGAAACAAACACAGGCUUAUGGACAAAUGAUAUUUACAAUCUGUUCUGCAAUUGUGCUCUGAGCCUCAGUUUGUUGACUUCUGAUUAGUCGAACAGGAUUCCUCAAAGUACAAUUAUUUAAUGUGAUAAAAAUGUCACAAAUAUAAUGAUAACUCCCAUUUGCACAUGUGUUACUGCAGUAUUUAUAAGCUAAAGAUAAUCCAUCUUGGACUCUGAAACCAAACCUAGCCCUGUCUAUGGCUAAUCUGAAAGACAAUUGUUAUAUUUUGCUAGGAAAGUAAAUGCUGCUAUUUUGCACAGCUGUAGACAAAAUUCAAGUUUUUUGCACAGCAAUGGUGAUGUACCGGUGUUUCCUACCAGGCACUGGAAUGCUUUGCCAUUAAGUUUGCAUUCAUUGGCACCAGCUCUCGCUUUAGAAUGAUCCGCUGUGAAUUAAAUAUUUUGUACGGUUCAUUGUUUUCCCUAAAUGUCAUGUGGAAAUUGAUAUUUAGGUGUGUUUUGUCUAUGGUGUUACUCCACAUAUGCAUUCACUCAUUGUGUGUGUUGAUAAAAGGUCAUAACAGUACUUGUUUGAGGUGACCAUAGUGAAAUAAAUCUAAAUUUAUGUAG